AUGCCGAAAAUAAUUACGUCAUCGGCAUGCGCGGUUACACCUAAACAAGCCAUGGCGGAGAAAGCAGCGAAGAGCUCGGCUGAACGAAUGACAGCGGCAGAAGCGCAGCUUCUUCGCCGCCGACAAGAGUUGGAUUACUGGAAGAAAAACGCAGCGCGGAUCCGCAGCAGGAACCUUGUGACUGGCUUAUGCAUUGGGGCAUUUGUCGUCGGCAUGUUCAGCUACACCAUUUUGUCCGUCAAACAGGAGAGAAUCCUGGAGGAAAUAGACGACGAAGCCAGGAUCCAUAUCAUCAGGGGGCCAAGGACUGGGGCCAACUCUUAAGGGCACAGAACAUGAACUCUCAGGCCAUCUAAGGAUGUUAUUUGUUAUUUUAUUAUUCAUGUCAUUGGUAACACUUAGCCCCUCAAAACCUGCACCAAUGUUAGCAAUGGAUCUGAUUUUCAGUUAAAUGUGAGAAUAAAGUAUAAAUAUCAAUAAUAAUAUCGACUAACAGGACUGCAUCCAUUUGUAAAUAGGUGCUUUAAUUUCAGUGUCUAAUAAGACUGUUACAAAUACGAAUAAGUACGUUGUAAUGAGAAUUUAAUGUAGCCUGAAAUGACGUCACUUUUACAAUGUCAUGUAUUUAUACAGUUUGUAUGUAUUAUUGACCUUUGCAUUUGUAAUAUAACCUAUUAUGGGCAUAGACUCAUAGAACCAUACCAGGACACAAAGCGAUAUAUAAUAUAAUUAUAUAUAUUAUAAAUAUAUUCAUGACAAGCUAUUUUGAACACCAUUGUUUAUUAUUUUUAAAUGAAAACUAAUUACACAGGAAAAUCAACCAUGAUAAACUAUUGUAACGUCUGAAAUGUCCGCCAGGGGGCGGCAUUCUCUAGGAAAUGAGGCGUAAAACAGUGGUCCCAUCAACCGAGUAAUCUGAUUGGUCAACUCCACUUCCGUAAUGCACAGAUGUUUCCUCAUGCAUGAUGAGCGUGCUAUACCAAUUGGACGUGUUAAUCUGAUUUACAGGAUAUCUCCACUAGAGGGCGCCUUUCAUUGUAUUAUACAACUGCAUCAGGCAGUUAUUAGAUAAUCCCACUCACAGUUAUGUGAUACCAUG